CAGUCACUGCCCCUGCCUGAGCUGGCCACCCUUCUUCACACCGGACUCGGGCAGCGGCCUGGGUAGCCUAGUGUCCACCUGCGCUCCCGAGACCCCCGCCCGCCACGCUCCUCCGGGAUGCGAGUCCCUUCGCUGACGCCCGGGAGGGGCGGGCACGCGCGCGGCUGCGCCCGGUGCACAGGGAUGCUGCUGUCCCGGGGGCCCCGUCGCCCGGCUGUGGCCACCCCUGCCGGCCCCUGAAGCCGCUGGCCGGAGCGCGCCGCCGCCGGGCUCCCGCAGCCGUCAGAGACACCCUUCCUAGCCAUCUAGCCUCCGGGUCCUCUCUUUUGGAUCCAUGGAGCCGGCGGUGUUGGCUCCGCACCACCUACCGCACCACGAACCCAUCAGCUUCGGCAUAGAUCAGAUCCUGAGCGGUCCCGAACCCCCGGGGGGCGGUCUGGGCCAGGGUCAGGCGGGCCAGAGCCACGGGGAGAAUGCAACGUUCUCGAGUGGAUUCCACGGAGCCUCCGGCUACGCUCCGGCCGGCUCAUUGGCCCCGUUGCCCAGAGGCUCGGGAGUGGGCCCGGGCGGCGUGAUCCGUGUCCCCGCGCACCGCCCGUUGCCGGUGCCGCCACCCUCGGGAGCGGCCCCCGCGGUGCCCGGACCCUCGGGUUUGGGCGGCGCCGGGGGCCUAGCGGGACUCACCUUCCCCUGGAUGGACAGCGGCCGCCGCUUUGCUAAGGACAGGCUUACGGCUGCGCUCUCGCCCUUCUCUGGGACACGUCGCAUAGGCCACCCCUACCAAAACCGGACCCCCCCGAAGCGCAAGAAGCCGCGCACCUCCUUUUCCCGCUCGCAGGUGCUGGAGCUGGAGCGCCGCUUCCUGCGCCAGAAGUACCUGGCCUCGGCAGAGAGGGCGGCGCUGGCCAAGGCCCUGCGCAUGACCGACGCGCAGGUCAAGACCUGGUUCCAGAAUCGACGCACCAAGUGGCGGCGUCAGACGGCUGAGGAGCGCGAGGCGGAGCGGCACCGUGCGGGUCGCCUGCUGUUGCACCUGCAGCAGGACGCACUGCCCCGGCCGCUGCGGCCGCCGCUGCCCCCGGACCCGCUCUGCCUGCACAACUCUUCGCUUUUCGCGCUGCAGAAUUUGCAGCCCUGGGCCGAGGACAACAAGGUGGCUUCGGUGUCCGGACUCGCCUCGGUGGUGUGAGCGACCCCUUCCCGAGGAGCGCUACCGCGGCUAUGUGCGGUGCCGCCAGCGGAGCGUGCGGAGCAGAAGGCCUGCGACUGUCCUCCGAGGCUCCUCGGCCACCAAGCGGCCCCUGUCCUGCACUUUGACUCUGCCCUUCCACUGCAUUUUUGGACCCGCUGGAACUUGGGUCGCGAGGGCAACCUGCAGGAUGUAGUAAAUGGGGCACGGAUGCUGCCAUGCACUUGCGAUUCUGCCCAGAGUGGGCUCAGAGCUCAAGUUCCACUGGGAAGGGGCCACUGAGCUGGUGUGAAGGAAGAUCUCAAGGACAUCGGGGUAAUGGAAGAGGUGUUGGUGCGCGCGCGCGACUGUGGCUGACUGUGACAGGGACCAGAUUGUCCACCUCAUCCCCUCAACGGUAAAACAAUCGCUAAGGAUUCCUUCUUGACUCAGUCUUACACGUUGUCAUGCGUCUAACCUGCGGGCCACUCCCCCAUCUUAAGAGUCACACUGCACCUAUACUGUAGGUAAGAUAGCUACUUACAUACUCAAAGGAUAAAAAUCUAGGAGAAUCUGGUUCCCGUGCCAUACAGGGUCAGAGAACCAAGAGGAGAAGCCAGUGGACAGUUUAUGGGUCCAGUGUUAGAGUGACCAAGGUGUACUUUGGGACUGGCAAACCUAAGAAUCCAAAACUGGCAAUGUGGAGGUCAGGAAGUCUGGUGCUGUGGACCAGGAGGGGAAACGGGGAACCUGUGGCAAGAUUAACUGUAGGGAAAACUAAUGCUAGAUCUAGAGAGAAGAUUCCGGAUGCCUGCCUUUGGGGGAGCUCUCUGACAGCACAGGGGUGAGACCAGGAUCUCCAGGAGAGAGAACUCUGGGGUUCCAGGGAUUAAACCUUUCUUUUCACCAUAUUCCACAGAUACAUUUACAAUGUGUAGGAUGGUGCUGGCUUAAGAAAUGAACAGACUAAGGGCGGAGGGAAGGAGUACCCAGACAGAAGGAAAGCACGACACCUUUUAGAUAGAAAGAGGAGAUGGCUUAGCAGGCUAAGACACUUGCCCCUAUUCCUGACUGAGUUUGAGCCUUAGGACCAACCUGCUGGAAGAAGAGAACUAAUUUCUACAAAUUGUCCUGUCCACCUUAUGUGUGUUAUGGCAUGCUUGUGUACACACACACACACACACACACACACACACACACACACACGAUGUAAUGAAAAAUCAGAAAGGCUUCAGAGUAUAGGUGAGCCAAAGGCUACCGCAGGCUUUCUGAUAGUCAGUCGGUGGGAGGAUUGCAAAGCUUUCUGGUCUAAAGGGGGUACUUUGUCUCUUUCCAGUAUUCCCAUCUUGCUUCUGGCAGAGACUGGAACACUGUGACAAGGACAGAGACCUAUGGUAGCCAUACCACUCAUGUUCU